AGAGAGUGGCAGAGGUGAUAGAGACAGAGACAGAGAGAGUGGCAGAGGUGAUAGAGACAGAGAGAGUGGGAGAGGUGAUAGAGACAGAGAAAGUGGGAGAGGUGAUAGAGACAGAGACAGAGAGAGUGGCAGAGGUGAUAGAGACAGAGAGAGUGGGAGAGGUGAUAGAGACAGGGAGAUGGACAGAGACAGGGAGAGUGGCAGAGGUGACAGAGACAGAGACAGAGAGAGUGGCAGAGGUGAUAGAGACAGGGAGAUGGACAGAGACAGGGAGAGUGGCAGAGGUGACAGAGACAGAGACAGAGAGAGUGGCAGAGGUGAUAGAGACAGGGAGAUGGACAGAGACAGGGAGAUGGACAGAGACAGGGAGAUGGACAGAGACAGAGACAGAGAGAGUGGUAGAGGUGAUAGAGACAGAGACAGAGAGAGUGGCAGAGGUGAUAGAGACAGAGAGAGUGGCAGAGGUGAUAGAGACAGAGAGAGUGGGAGAGGUGAUAGAGACAGAGACAGAGAGAGUGGCAGAGGUGAUAGAGACAGAGAGAGUGGGAGAGGUGAUAGAGACAGAGACAGAAAGAGUGGCAGAGGUGAUAGAGACAGAGAGAGUGGGAGAGGUGAUAGAGACAGAGAGAGUGGGAGAGGUGAUAGAGACAGAGACAGAGAGAGUGGCAGAGGUGAUAGAGACAGAGAGAGUGGGAGAGGUGAUAGAGACAGGGAGAUGGACAGAGACAGGGAGAGUGGCAGAGGUGACAGAGACAGAGACAGGGAGAUGGACAGAGACAGAGAGAGUGGUAGAGGUGAUAGAGACAGAGACAGAGAGAGUGGCAGAGGUGAUAGAAACAGAGACAGGGAGAGUGGCAGAGGUGAUAGAGACAGAGACAGAGAGAGUGGCAGAGGUGAUAGAGACAGAGACAGAGAGAGUGGCAGAGGUGAUAGAGACAGAGACAGGGAGAUGGACAGAGACAGAGAGAGUGGGAGAGGUGAUAGAGACAGAGACAGGGAGAUGGACAGAGAUAGAGAGAGUGGGAGAGGUGAUGGAGACAGAGACAGAGAGAGUGGGAGAGGUGAUGGAGACAGAGACAAGGAGAUGGACAGAGAUAGAGAGAGUGGCAGAGGUGAUGGAGACAGAGACAGAGAGAGUGGGAGAGGUGAUGGAGACAGAGACAAGGAGAUGGACAGAGAUAGAGAAAGUGGCAGAGGUGAUGGAGACAGAGACAGAGAGAGUGGGAGAGGUGAUGGAGACAGAGACAAGGAGAUGUGCAGAGAUAGAGAGAGUGGCAGAGGUGAUGGAGACAGAGACAGAGAGAGUGGGAGAGGUGAUGGAGACAGAGACAAAGAGAUGGACAGAGAUAGAGAGAGUGGCAGAGGUGAUGGAGACAGAGACAGAGAGAGUGGGAGAGGUGAUGGAGACAGAGACAAGGAGAUGGACAGAGACAGAGAGAGUGGCAGAGGUGAUGGAGACAGAGACAGAGACAGAGAGAGUGGGAGAGGUGAUGGAGACAGGGACAAGGAGAUGGACAGAGACAGAGAGAGUGGCAGAGGUGAUGGAGACAGAGACAGAGACAGAGAGAGUGGGAGAGGUGAUGGAGACAGGGACAAGGAGAUGGACAGAGACAGAGAGAGUGGCAGAGGUGAUGGAGACAGAGACAGAGACAGAGACAGAGAGAGUGGGAGAGGUGAUGGAGACAGAGACAAGGAGAUGGACAGAGACAGAGAGAGUGGGAGAGGUGAUAGAGACAAGGAGAUGGACAGAGAUAGAGAGAGUGGCAGAGGUGAUGGAGACAGAGACAGAGACAGAGAGAGUGGGAGAGGUGAUGGAGACAGAGACAAGGAGAUGGACAGAGAUAGAGAGAGUGGGAGAGGUGAUGGAGACAGAGACAAGGAGAUGGACAGAGAUAGAGAGAGUGGGAGAGGUGAUGGAGACAGAGACAGAGACAGAGACAGAGAGAGUGGCAGAGACAGGGAGAUGGACAGAGACAGAGAGAGUGGGAGAGGUGAUAGAGACAAGGAGAUGGACAGAGAUAGAGAGAGUGGGAGAGGUGAUGGAGACAGAGACAGAGACAGAGAGAGUGGCAGAGGUGAUGGAGACAGCAAAAAGGAGAUGGACAGAGAUAGAGAGAGUGGCAGAGGUGAUGGAGACAGAGACAGAGAGAGUGGGAGAGGUGAUGGAGACAGAGACAGAGACAGAGAAAGUGGCAGAGGUGAUGGAGACAGAGACAAGGAGAUGGACAGAGAUAGAGAGAGUGGGAGAGGUGAUGGAGACAGAGACAAGGAGAUGGACAGAGAUAGAGAGAGUGGGAGAGGUGAUGGAGACAGAGACAGAGAGAGUGGGAGAGGUGAUGGAGACAGAGACAAGGAGAUGGACAGAGACAGAGAGAGUGGCAGAGGUGAUGGAGACAGAGACAAGGAGAUGGACAGAGAUAGAGAGAGUGGCAGAGGUGAUGGAGACAGAGACAAGGAGAUGGACAGAGAUAGAGAGAGUGGCAGAGGUGAUGGAGACAGAGACAGAGACAGAGAGAGUGGCAGAGGUGAUAGAGACAAGGAGAUGGACAGAGAUAGAGAGAGUGGCAGAGGUGAUGGAGACAGAGACAGAGACAGAGACAGAGAGAGUGGCAGAGGUGAUAGAGACAAGGAGAUGGACAGAGACAGAGAGAGUGGGAGAGGUGAUGGAGACAGAGACAAGGAGAUGGACAGAGACAGAGAGAGUGGGAGAGGUGAUGGAGACAGAGACAGAGAGAGUGGGAGAGGUGAUGGAGACAGAGAGAGGGCGAUGGACAGAGACAGAGAGAGUUUGAGAGGUGAUAGAGACAGAGACAGAGACAGAGAGAGUGGCAGAGACAGGGAGAUGGACAGAGACAGAGAGAGUGGGAGAGGUGAUGGAGACAGAGACAAGGAGAUGGACAGAGAUAGAGAGAGUGGGAGAGGUGAUGGAGACAGAGACAGAGAGAGUGGCAGAGACAGGAAGAUGGACAGAGACAGAGACAGGGAGAUGGACAGAGACAGAGGCAGGGAGAACGACAUUAACAGAGACAGAGAGAUGGACAGAGACAGGGAGAGUGAGGAGAGAGACAGAGACAGGGAGAAGGAGAGAGACAGGGAGAGGGAGGAGAG